AUGUUUUCUUCUUCGAGCUCGGGCAAGAAAGCGUCUCCCCAGGCCAUGAUGUCGCUACGCCAGCAGGAGAUGGUGCAAGUUGACAGGUCCGACUCUGGCUCCCCUUUUUGGAGAGCGCCCCAGAAGGAUGCCCCGCUAAAGAAGACGACCACUCGCGACUCGGGCAAGGUCGUUGGCGCUGCCUAUUCCCAUGCCGACAUGCUCAAGUUUGAUUCAUUAAAUCUGUCUAACGCAGGAUCGCGACCACGAACCCCUCCUCCCUCGUCCUCUGCCCUCGGCCGAACCACUUCCAAUAGUACAGCCUCGCCCCAUAUCAAAGGGGUGACCUCACCUCCUUUCCAGAACUACAUGAAUUUUAUAACGAGUACCAACGAAGACUGGGCGGCCGAUGACGCAGACGAUGUAUACGCCUACGAAGACGAUGGUGACGAUGACUUUGGGCUUCCCAGUCUGUCCAGCAUGAAGAGGAGGUCGCGGCGGAUAGCAGCGCAGACUGAACAAGGAACCAGCCGAGGAACUGCGACAAACACGCUCACAGACUCAACCGGACGUCGAUACUCGGACAGCGCCGACAUAGCCAUCGAGCGACCAGCAUCUACCUACCCAAUGCCCAAGAAGACCGAAGGCAAGAUCCUCCGACCACAGUACAGAGACAUACUCCGCGAUCCCGCAAACGCACUACACCUAAUCAACCACCCUUCCGUACCACUUAAUGCUUCCCAGAAGGAAAUCGAUGCUGUCAAUUCGAGGAUAACUAGGAUCAACAAAUUCAAAAAGAUUCUUCAAGCAUCAACCAUCCCUCUAAACGACCUUCGAGCCCUAGCCUGGUCCGGCGUACCAGAAGAAGUUCGGGCCAUGACGUGGCAGCUCCUGCUAAGCUACCUCCCCACCAGCAGUGAAAGGAGGGUGGCCAUACUGGAGCGCAAACGAAAAGAAUACCUGGACGGCGUACGACAAGCCUUUGAACGAGCAGGUGGCGCUCCACCACCGUCCACCGGAAAGGGAGGCGGGGGCAACCGCGGCCUAGACGAAGCCAUCUGGCACCAGAUCAGCAUCGACGUCCCUCGAACGAACCCACACAUUGAGCUCUACGGCUACGAAGCAACACAGCGCUCUUUGGAGCGUAUCCUCUACGUAUGGGCGGUCCGACACCCAGCGAGCGGCUACGUACAGGGCAUCAACGAUCUGGUGACGCCCUUCUGGCAAGUCUUUCUAGGCACAUACAUCACAGACCCAGACAUAGAGAGAGGCAUGGACCCGGGCCAGCUGCCCAGGGCGGUGCUGGACGCCGUCGAGGCCGACACGUUCUGGUGCCUGACGAAGCUGCUGGACGGCAUACAGGACCACUACAUUGUUGCGCAACCGGGUAUUCAGAGGCAGGUAGCAGCGCUGAGGGACCUGACGCAGAGGAUCGACGCCGGGCUGGCGAAGCACUUGGAGGAGGAGAACGUCGAGUUCAUUCAAUUCAGCUUCAGAUGGAUGAAUUGUCUGUUGAUGAGGGAGAUUAGUGUCAAAAACACGAUCAGGAUGUGGGAUACUUACAUG